AACUAGAAGACAGUCUUCUCUGUGAAGUCCACCUCUCUGGUCAUUUCUUGACCACAAGUCCUUUCUUUAUACUUAAGUCUGCAAAAUCAAUGUUCGUUUGACAGUUUUUCUUGUAUUGUUAAAUUAUUAUUAUUAUUAUUUGUUUGACAAUUGUGCCAUUUUGUUUGUUUAUUAUUAUUAUUAUUAUUAUUAUUUUUUUUUUUUGCAAAUUUGCAAAUACUAAAAUUAUUUUCAAAAAUUUAUCGAUUUCUUUUUCCUUUAUAAAUUUAUCGCAUUGUAAAGAAAGUGUAUAAAAAUAAUUUUCUAUUUAAAAUUUUUUUUUAUAAAUGAUUGAUUAUAAUUAAUUGUUUGAAAAAUUGAAAUAAAUUAAUAUAUAUAUUUUAUAUAAUCAACAAGUUGCAUGUAGAGUGGAUGUUUUUUUUUUUUUUUUACAAUUUACAGCAUCCGCAUACAGAGUUGAAUUGAAAGAGGCAAAAACGUAAACUCUGAAGUACUGUAGCAUUCAUCAACAACUCUAAGAAAGGAGGACAAGUUUUUCCUUCUUCUUUUCAUCAUGACAACGGCAAAGAUAUGUAAACCAGGCACUCAACAAUCGCUAAUUGAGAGAGCAAGAAAAACACCGCCAAUUAAAUUAGGAAAACAUUUAAUGAAAAUCGAGCCUGAAGAUUUUAAUGAAUUUUAUGCUGAAAAAGCGCUAAGAGAAUUAAAUGAAACUCCCGAAAAUGUAAAACGUGGCUUAGAAGAAUUAAGAAAACUUCUUAGAGAGGAACCUGACUUGGUGAUACUGGAUGAAGAUGAAUUUUUAUAUAAAUUCUUGAGACCCGUUAAAUGGGAUGCAAAAAGCACUUUUGAUUUAAUGAAAAGAUUUUAUUUAUUCCGUCUCAAUAAUCCACGAUAUUGCAAAGCGUUGAUACCAAAAAAUGAAAAAGCUGUUUUGGUAUCCGGUAUUUUAACUUUCCUUCCGGAACGUUCAGAUGGAUGUAGAAUUUUAAUAAUUCAAAGUGGCAAAAAAUGGAAGCCAAAACAAGUUACGUUGGAUCAAAUAUUCAGAGGUGUAAUGUUAUGCUUGGAGGCGGCCAUGUGUGAACCAAUUACUCAGGUUUCAGGUGUUCAUGUAAUUUUGGAUAUGGAGGGUCUUAGUUUAGGUCACGUGACACACUUUACACCAAGUUUUGCAAGUGCAGUUUUGGAGUGGGUUCAAAGGUGUUUACCCUGUCGACUCAAAGGUGUCCAUAUUGUCAAUCAACCAUACAUAUUCAACAUGGUUUUCGCUAUUUUCAAACCUUUCAUUCACGAAAAAUUGCGAAAAAGGAUACAUUUUCAUGGAACAAAUAGAGAAUCAUUGUUAGAGCAAUUAGACGCUAAAGCAAUUCCAACUGAAUAUGGUGGUAGUUUUAAUAUGCCAACGGAACCAAUUGGUGAAGCACUUUAUGAAUAUUUUCAAGCAUAUGAAGAAGAAUUUCAAGCGGGCUGUACUUGGGGAUAUUCUUCAAAAAGUUAAAAUUCAAUUUUGAAUUAAAAACAAUUUUCUUUUAAAUAAACUUUAGUAUUUUUUCA